GCCGGGUUUGUCUGACAGGAUAAACAGGCGAAUAUACAUCUAUUUAUUGUUUGUUUAACACUUGUAUCGCGAGUGCUUUGUUUUUCUACACACAACCGAGGAGCUGAAACCGCGACCUGCGUUAUUUAAAAAAAAAAAAACUCCACACGUUUCUAAGGAAAGGAAAAUCCGACGGUUUUUUCCUUCCCCUCAGCGUGGAUUCAUCCUCCUGCUCCAGCAGCGGCGUCCAUUCUGAUUAAUCUCCAGCGGAUUCUCACCAUUUUCUGGGAAUAUUUGCUUUCUUACUACGGAUUCUUAAUCUUAAAAUGCUUCUUUCCAAGCUGAAUACAUUCGCUCAUAUUUCAGCCGUCGAUAUGCCUGCGAAGAUCCAGCUCCAAGUGCAUCAAGUGAAAGAAAAGGAGCCGUUUGAGAAGGUUUAUCAGGUCGGCUCGGUGUUAGGAAGCGGCGGCUUUGGGACUGUGUACGCCGGCCUGCGGAUAGCCGAUGGGGCGCCGGUUGCUAUCAAGCACGUAGCUAAGGAGCGCGUGACCGAAUGGGGAGAAUUGCCCAGUGGAGCGCGCGUGCCCAUGGAGAUCGUCCUGCUGAAGAAGGUGGGCACUGGUUUCCGCGGCGUGAUCAAGAUGCUGGACUGGUACGAGCGCACCGACGCCUUCAUCAUCGUCAUGGAGCGCCCCGAGACCGUGAAGGACCUGUUCGACUUCAUCACGGAGAAAGGCGCGCUGCCCGAGGAGCUCGCACGCGGCUUUUUCCGCCAGGUGCUCGAAGCGGUGCGUCACUGCCACACCAGCGGCGUCGUGCACCGCGACAUCAAGGACGAGAACAUUCUCAUCGACCUGCGCACCGGCGAGCUCAAGCUCAUCGACUUCGGCUCGGGAGCGCUGCUCAAGGACACCGUGUACACCGAUUUCGACGGUACACGUGUGUACAGCCCUCCAGAGUGGAUCAAAUACCACCGGUACCAUGGCAGAUCAGCGACGGUUUGGUCCCUGGGGAUUCUGCUCUAUGACAUGGUGUGUGGAGACAUCCCGUUUGAGCAGGAUGAAGAAAUCGUGCGCGGGCAAGUCCUGUUCAGGCGCAGGAUCUCGGCAGAAUGCCAGCAGCUCAUCAAAUGGUGUCUUUCUCUGCGUCCUGCCGAGCGUCCGUCUUUCGAGGACCUCAUCAACCACCCCUGGAUGCAGAACGCACCAGUGCCCUCUACAGACGCUACUGAGAUCCGACUGCACAGUUUGAGCCAUGAGGCGGUCACGGUGUGCAAAUGACUGAGACUCCAAGCUACAUCAGCUGAGAGCUGAGCAGUGCUGGAAACAAACGUUGAAAAUGUGAAAUGUUUGUUUUUUUUUAAGUUGGUUAAUGCAAAAGGCAGCUGUCUACGGGCGAGCCCCGGAGGUUUGGUAUGUCCGACAUCCCGCUCUCGAUUUCUGUCGAAAGCAGAGUCUGGUCCUGGAAGGGGUGCGCGCGCCGUCCGCGUAAGGUGUGACGUGUGCAAACCCGAAGCGUUUCGUGCGAUGCUGAAGAAGAAAGGCAUGCUUGUGAACAGACUGAGAGAAGCCUCCGCCCAGGAGGACACGAGCUCUCGUUUAGUGCCUUCUGUACGAGUGUCGGAAAUAAAUACUUGAAUUGAGUAAUAGCCACUGUACCACUGCUCCUUAUCCAGAUGUCACAACUUUCUUGCUUCCAUCUCAUCUGCACUAUGCAGAGAGUAACCAAAAUGACCUCAAUAACCUGUGCAGAAUGACCGUCCUACACCUCUCUCACACGCUCUCCUAUAGCCUGACUCAGUAACUCAACACAACUACCACUUGUCAAUAGACGCACACAGCAAUGCAACUACAACAUGAGAUGAAACUACUCUUGUUUUGUCAAUAUUGUAAAUAUGUAAGUUCUUAUGGCUCAAAAUUCCAAGACGAGGCCUGUGUAGUAAUAUUUAUUUAUGUUUUUCUUGAAAGCAAGAUCUAAGUGGAAUUAUUUAUUUCUUAUUUAUAGCAAAACCAUUUUUGUUCGACAUUUGUCAUUCCACACUGAAGGGUCCACAGCCUAUUUAAAUCUAUUUUACCAUAUUUAAGAACUGUUUUGAGCAGAUGUGUACAUACAUGUAAAUAUACCUUACAAGUACUUCCAUUGUCUGAUGCAAGGAGUACUGAAGUCUACUGAUUUUUUUUUCUCCCCCCUUUUUUGUCUGCUGUGCAUUGUUGGACGAAUAUUGUUGUACGUCACAAACGUCUACAUGUUCAGUGUUUCACCUCUAGUUGCAUGACUGACUGCAGCUUGUAUUUUUAUUUGGUUUAGUUCUUGUAAAUUGUUUAGGAAGUUAUUUUUUUACACGUUUCAAUAAAUAUUUUUUUAAAUGCGGAA